GACUUCGGAAUCGGAUCUUCAGCGCUGUUCCCGCCUUGCCCUUCGCAGCCGCCCGCAGUCCCGCCCCGGGAGGAGGCGGACAAGGAGACCAAGGUCAGGCGAGCCUUCCGCGGGCUCCCCUCUGCCUUGCUGGCUUCCAGGGCGCCGGGAGGAGCGGUGCCGGCCGCCAUGAGCGAGCCUCGCGGCUCUUGCCCUGGAUCGUACGGGACGGUGAGGCCGGAAAGCAGCGAGGAGUUGCCCAGAGAUGGACUUGAAAAUGACUUAAAAUCAAAUGAGGAACCUCUCUUAAGGAAGAAUCCCCAUCGAUUUGUCAUCUUUCCAAUCCAAUACCCCGAUAUAUGGAAAAUGUACAAGCAGGCUCAAGCUUCUUUCUGGACGGUAGAAGAGGUUGACUUGUCAAAGGAUCUUACUCAUUGGAACAACCUAAAACCAGAAGAGAAAUAUUUUAUUUCGCAUAUCCUAGCUUUUUUUGCUGCCAGUGAUGGAAUUGUCAAUGAAAACUUGGUAGAACGUUUUAGCCAAGAAGUGCAGAUCCCAGAAGCUCGCUGUUUCUAUGGCUUCCAGAUAUCAAUAGAAAACGUUCAUUCUGAGAUGUACAGUUUGUUAAUAGACACUUACAUCAAAGAUCCCGAGAAAAGGUUAAAAUGUGGUGGAGAGUUUUUGACAGAGGCCUUACCUGUGGGAUUGAUUGGAAUGAAUUGUAUUUUGAUGAAACAGUAUAUUGAAUUUGUGGCUGAUAGGCUACUCCUGGAACUGGGCUUCCCUAAGGUCUUUCAAGCAGAAAACCCUUUUGACUUCAUGGAGAACAUUUCCCUGGAAGGAAAAACCAAUUUCUUUGAGAGGAGGGUUUCAGAAUAUCAACAUUUUGCAGUUAUGUCCCAAGCAAAUAAUAAAGUAUUUACUUUAGAUGCUGAUUUUUGAUGCUGCCUACUUGGAAGAUUGACAAAGCCAAACUAUGCAUUCAUCCUCAGUGAUGACAAGAAACCUCUUACAAUCCAAGUAGGGUAUUCUUGGAAUAUUUUAUUAACUAUUAAUAGUUGGUAGAAAAGUUUCUACAAAUAGGUUACAAGUUGUGUGAAUAUAUACACUCUUAAUAACAAUUCAUUUGUAAUAUCAUGCAACUUUUCUAAAACUAUAUUGUGACAGUCAGGUUGAAGUUUAGCUGCUGAUCUUUUUGAUCAAAUCCAAUCCUAUCAUUAGAGUGGAAAGCUUUUAUGAUAAUGAGAAUGAUUACACUAUAAAACGUUUCUUCUUACCUCUGUUCUUGAGCUGAGAUGAAAGACAUGCUCUUUUGUCUUAAAGGGAUGUUCUAGCAUAAGUCUUGGAUAGGAGAUUAUCAGAGAAACUUAAGACUGCAAACUAGAUUCGAAAAACAUCCUAGGCAAUGGAAAACCACCUCUGCAUUGUUUCAAGGACCACAAUAUGGACAUAGCCACGUAAUCGGCAGGUAUCAAAAUGGACUUGGUGGAGAUUUUGCUUUUAUGUAAGAGAAAACUGUACUUGGGAAAAUGAAGAGGAUGACACAAGCACUUUAUAAUCUUUUAUCAUUCAUUUUGGUUAGCCAAAUCAGCACAAUGUCUGAAGUUCAUGUGCUUGGGAAGGAUUUUUCAUUUGGCCCCAAAACUUCAUUUUGGCUGUAAACUUGAUUGGAGGAACCCACAUAACAUAACACUGAUCACCUUACAUAAAGCUUUGGCUUAUUCAGCAUGAUGAACCAAGAUAGCUUGUCCUUGUUAUACAAACAUAGCUAUUUUCUCAACAAAUCAGUGCUUAAAGUAAUGUGUUUAUGUCACAUACUGAUCCAAAAACUAUUCAGGGCAUUUUAAGUUAGUGUAUUGCCUGAAUCCAGACUUUAUUAUUAGUUUUUGUCAUGCAAACUUAGAAAAUUGGGGUAAUUUAAUAAUUUAUGCAUAAUGAUAUCAUAUGAACUUAGCUUUGAUGUAUGUAGUAGGAUAAAAUUUAAACAACUUUAUUUAGAAUGUGAAUGGUGAAGAACAGAUAACUUGGCUACCAAAGUAUAUUUUAAAAAGAGAAAAACAAUAUAGAGGUAAUUGACAAAACUGAAGCUGCUUUUGUGAAACAUCAGAGCUAAUGUUUAUGUGGGAAAAGCAGUUUUGUCAAGCUUUCUCCAUGAGCAUCCAGUAAAUAAGGCUGAGUAAGGCAGAGAUAAUUCAACAAUUUUCCGGAUAUCAUUGUUUUUUCUUCUGGAAGUUUGCACUAGUAACUUCCAGAUAUCUUGGAUUUCAACCCCCAUAAUCUUUGGGUUAUGUUCAUAACUGGUCCAGUCCAAAUAGAAGCACAGUUUAAGGAUGAAAUAUAUCAUAGGGAUGAAAUAAAUCACCCCCUAAUAUUGUCAGGAAUUGACAAGGGUUUGACACAUUAUGCUAAGCCAUUGUAAGGUUUGUGAUGUGUAAUCAGAUUGUGGGUUACAGAUUACAAGCCUAGUGUCUUCUUUGAGCCCACCAUUUAUUUAUUUAAUUAGUUUGUAUGCCGCCCACUCUCAGAAGACUCAGGGCGGCUUACAAAUAAAAAGG